AUGGUCGGGUCUCCAGGGUCGCCGUCACCGCGCGACCACCCUCCGCGACCCAUGAGCGCCAUGAUGCGACCUGCGCGAAGCUCGAGUCGGAUGAGCAUGAGCAGUCGAGCGGGUGGAAGCAGAGCCUCGGAUGAGGAUGGGAGGACAUCUGUCAAAGUCGCUGUACGCGUCCGGCCGCCGCUCAAACCGUCCGACCCCGGCUUUGAGUUGAUCCCACAGCGAUUUCAGAGGGGAAUGGUACACGUUACGAGCCCCACCAGCGCCGCCGUCGACAGUCCGCAGGGCAGGAAAAUCUUCGUCUUCGAUCGUGUUUUCGGGCCCGAUGUCACACAGGAUGGCGUCUGGGAGUACUUGGAGGAGAGCGUCAACGCGUUUCUUCAGGGUUACAAUGUGUCAGUUCUUGCCUACGGUCAAUCCGGCGCUGGAAAGUCGUAUACCAUGGGCACGGCUGAGCCUGGCGAGCAUCCCGAUCACCACCAAAUGGGGGUAAUCCCAAGGGCUGCCAUUGCUCUCUUCGAUAGACUCGGAGGAUCGAAUUGCGAUAAGAAUUCUGGUAUUAGGGCGCCCGUGCGCUAUUCGACCCCAAUCGCGACACUUCAGCGGAACAACCCCGAUAAAGGCUGGACAAUGAAGGCCACAUAUGUCGAGAUUUACAACGAGCAACUGCGAGAUCUGUUAUUGCCGGAAGGAACGCGACACGACGACAGAGCACCUAUAACCGUCCGGGAGGACACGAAGGGGCGCAUAUUACUGACCGGAUUGCGACAAGUCGAGAUCAAUAAUGUACAGGAUUUGAUGGGAGUGCUGAGCUUCGGGUCCUCAAUCCGACAGACCGAUGCCACCGCGAUCAACGCCAAAUCUUCGCGUUCGCAUGCUGUGUUCAGUUUGAACUUGGUCCAACGCAAGGUGAAGGACAUGGAUAAGGCUUCGAAAAGAAUGUCGAUGCCGGCGGACAUGGGACCGGAGGGUUUCAUGACUGUUGACAGCAAAAUGCACUUUGUCGACUUGGCGGGAAGUGAACGUUUGAAGAAUACCCACGCCCAAGGAGAGCGAGCAAAGGAGGGUAUUUCUAUCAACGCAGGUCUGGCAAGUUUGGGCAAGGUUAUAUCUCAACUCUCAUCACGCCAAUCGGGAUCCCACGUCUCAUACCGUGAUUCUAAACUCACACGACUUCUGCAAGACUCCCUGGGUGGUAACGCCAUCACAUACAUGAUUGCUUGUGUAACGCCUGCCGAAUUCCACUUGAGUGAAACACUGAACACCAUUCAGUACGCUCAACGCGCUCGUGCCAUCCAGAGUAAACCCCGGAUUCAGCAAAUCUCAGAUGACGGCGACAUGAAACAACUCAUCGAUCGGUUACGUGCUGAAAUUGCGUUCCUCCGCGAGCAGCUCAAGAGCAACAGAACGGAAUCGAACGAGCGAACAACCAAUGAGAAGACGCGAGGAGUUAGAGACAGUCGCUCGGCAGAAAGAGAGGUUGAGUUGCAGAACCAGCUCCUCGAUCUUCAGGAGAAUUACACCGCUUUGAGUCAACGACAUGCCAAAGUGAUUUCCGAGAUCACCCGGGCGACAGACACGGAUGAGCCUCGGGCGCACCCCACUGAGUACGCCGACUCUGCCGUGGACAGGAUCAAGAGGUCGAAUUCCUUUGCGGAAGCGGUCGAGCAGGUUGUCUUGGAGUACGAAAAGACGAUUCAGAGCCUUGAAUCGUCGCUCACUAGCACUCGAUCGUCCCUGAGUAACUCGGAAAGCACUCUGCUCGAGAAGGAGAGCAGGCUUGCCUAUGUUGAGACCGUCAACCACCAACUUCAGGCUCGUCUGCAGAAGAUGGUGGAUCGCGAAUCGAGCACCGAAAACUACCUUAAAGACCUCGAGACAAAGCUUAGUGGCCAUACAUCGGGAGAGGAGAAAAACUCCGCCAUCAUCCGAGAACUGCAGAAGGAGAUUGCGCGGAUUCGUGAGAACGAGGCGGGAUGCGAAGACUACAUUUCGACUCUCGAGGAACGACUCGCGGAAUCUGAGCAGGACAUGGAGCUGAUGCAGCGCGAGAUCGACCGCUUGGAGCAUGUCAUUGACCGACAACGGAGUCUCGGCAAGCUCGACCACUUGCUCCUCGAAUUGGAUAACAUCAAGGACAAGGAGAAGGCGGCUGUAGAGCCUGCUGCUGAGACCAACGACGAGGAAGGCCGAACGCCGGUUCCUUCGCUGUCAUCAAAGGCAGACUCUAUUCGUUCCGAGCCAUUCUCAGAGGAUCGGAACCAUCCCACGCUGGACAUUUCUCGGUUCGCCGUUCGAUCACCCACUCCACCUGUCAUGUCCGGCACUCCUCCGAUUUUGGAGUCCGUUGCGGAGGACGACUACCUGCCUACUUCCAAAGACGACGAGUACAAGUACAUGCCGCAAAGUCCCGCACAGUCGCAGUUUGUUGCCGACAAGUUCGAGACUGUGCAGCAGGAAUUGUUCGACCUCAAGGUGGAGCACGAGCAGACUCUGCAGGAGUUCGAGCAGGUCACCGUAAACUACGAUCAGGCCAUGCGAAACAUAUCAGCGAUGCGCGAUCAACUCGACGAGCUUCGGCACGCCAAGAAGACCCUUCCUGUCAUGGACUCCAUAUCAAGGGGAACCUCACCACCAGAGUCCCCAGAACUGCGGCCUGUCUCUUUUUUAGCAGACGCGAGGGUGAACGGUUUGAAGGAAUCCGAGGAACAGCUCUCAUCAUCGCUCUCGCUAUCAUCGGAGCUGUCCUUGGCUGGUGUGUCUCAUGCCCCUCCGGGCUAUACUGAAACCGACGAGAACGCGCUAAAGAUCACCCUCGAAACGGAAACGGAACGCGAAGUCACCAGGGCUUCUACCGCCUCGCCGGAUGACCUCUUGAAGAAGUUUGAGAUGCUCUUCAAGGAGAAGGAAGAGCUCGAGCGUGCAGCCGAGGAAGAGCAGCAGAAUCUCCAGAGGGAACUCAGCAAAACCCGCGACGAGCUUGCCGAAUUCAAGAGUGGCAACAGCCCCCGGAACAGCAGCAGCCCCAGCCCAUCUCAAUUUCUUAGAAGGAAGUCGAGUCAGAGUUUGGCUGUUGUUGAUCGCGCGCAACGUGCGUUUACCAGUCUUCGGAGACUUGCGAAUGAGCACUUGAGCGCGCAACCUGAUGUGCUUGAGAACUUUGAGCUCAACAUUGAUGGUGCCAUGCGGGAACUUCAAAAUCGCCUGGACCGUAUCUCUGAACUGGAGCAAGAAGUCAACUCGCUCAGGAAGGAGAUGGAGUCCAAGUCUACCAUGAUCGCCGGUCUGACCAGGGAGCGGACGAGCAUUCAGACUUCGCCGAUGGACAUUUCCGUCGUUGCGGUUAUGCAGCGCCGAAUCGACGAGACCGAAGCUCAGCUCUACAAGACCCGGCAAUCUCUCGCGGACCGCGAGCGCGAGCUUGCAUCUGCGAGAGGCGCUGUGGAGUCGAUCGCAACAAACUCUCCGUCCAAUGCUCUCAGUCUUCUCGACGAGUUGACCAAGGAACGGCGACUGACUAGUGAUCAGGCGGCUAAGAUCCUUGAGCUCCACAACGACCUGGAGCAGCUCAAGUCUGGCCAGUUCCGGGCACUUGACAACCUUCAGGAGUCGAAGCAGGCUCUUGAGAAGAAUCUUCGUGACCUUGAGAUCGAUCUUUCAAAAACCAAGGAGGCAUCGAUGCAGAAUGAGCUUGACAUCCGGUUCUCGUACGAUCAGCAGCUCCACGACUACCAAAGGCGCGUGGAUAUACUGCAGGAGAAUAUCGCACAUAAUAAGGAGACCAUCAAUUUGCAGCUCAACCGUGUUACGGAGCUUGAGAAGUUCCAGUCCGAUGCCGACCGACAAAUCGAUUUUUUGCUCACCAAUGAGGCUUCAUCCAAAGACCAGAUCGAGCAGCUUCAAAUCGUCAACAUGAACCUUCAGAUGAAUAUUGCUCAGAACAAGGAACUCAUCGAGGGCCAGCAACGUCGCCUCGAGAAGAUGGAGCGUGACUACGACGAGGCUGUCAAACAGCUUGAGGUCCUUCGGGAAGAAAAGGUUUCCGCGCUUACUGCCCUCAAGGAGGCAGAAGAGCGUGCUCAGAAGGAGGCUGCCGCCGCUGCCGCGAAGCACGAGGAGCUUGUUGCCGCCGUUCGCAGCGAACUCGCCGAAAGCCAGGAGACCGGUGCCGCACACGCUGUGAAGCUUGCACAGCUCCAGGAGUCGUAUGAUCAGCUCCAGGCCUCGUAUGACCAGGUCCAGACCUCGUACGACCAGGCGCAGAGCGAGAAGUCGGUUGCCGCGGACGAUGGGAAUGAGGCCAAGGAAGAUCUGCAACGCCAACUCGCUGCGCAGAAGGAAGACCUCGAACGCCAACUCGCCGAGCAGAAGGAGACGAUUGCUGCGCAUGUUGCUUCUUUGAAGGAACUGCAGGACGUCCAGGACCAGCGCGAGGCGGAACUCAAGAAUCUCAGCGAGAAGGAGAGGAAGCACGCGAAGCUCGUCGAGGACCUCGAACAGGAGCUCACUUUCACCUUCGAUCAGAACCAGGAGUCUUCGAAGAACUUGGCUGCGAUCACGCUGGAGUUCGAGAAGGCGAAGCAGGAGCGCGAUGCUUUGGCGGCGCUGUCCGAGCAGAAGUCGGCCGAGUCACAGAAGGUCAUCGAGAGCCUUAAUGAGGAAAUCAUGAAGUUGAGGUUGAAAUUGUCUGAGGUUGAGUUGGAGCUUCAAAGCAUGGGCUCGAGAGCACAGCGAUCCAACUCCACUUCUUCCAACAACACUGGCAGCGUACGCAAGAGCACAUCCAGCGCCUUGCCCUCACCACCUCCAGCGAUUCCCCUCCCCCCGCUGCCCUCCACCAGCCCUCCACCAGGUGCUGGCCCGGCCCGCCGACCAAGCAAGGACUACGUGUCGACGCACUUUGAGGACCAGGAGGCCCGUAUCAAGACGCUCGAGAAGCAGCUCCAGGCCGAGAAGGCGCUCACGGCGACGCUCGAGGAGGCGCUGACCGACUGUGAGACGACGAUGAAGCGGCUCACGAGCGAUCGCGACAGCUUCCAGCUCAAAGCCAGCCAGGUCCAGCAGGAACUCGAGAAGACUAAGAACGAGAGCGCGUCGAGCCGGUACUCGGUGCAGGCGGUUGAAGAAGAGAGGAUGGCUCGACAGAAGGCGGAGCAAGCUCGUGCGGCACUCGAGGAACGCAUGCAGGCAUUGAACAAAAAGAAGACGAGGAGCUUUGCGUGCUUUUAG